ACUGCUGUGCCAACUGCGCGCUUUCACUGCGCCAAGGCGCACAGAUAUUAUCUGCUCGAAUCAAGAUAUCAGUCUCCUGAUUCUUUUUUCAUCGAAGCUUUUUUCUUAUUUACACAAAAACAUGAUUUAAGUGAACUCUUUAGCAUGUCUGAAGUAUUUUUGAACUCAAUCUGCGUCCUGUUUUGACAUGAGGAUCCUGCGUCUCCGUGCGCCUUUUCACUACUCACCGUUUCUAACAUUUAACAAGAUUGAAAUGUUUUGAGAGCAGGACUGUGAGGAUGUGGACGCUACCGAGGACCCGUUUCGCACACUGUAACGGCUCGUCGAGCAGCGACGAGAAAGAAGUCGCCGUGAACAUCGGCGGCGUGCGGUUGGUGCUGUGCGGGGACAUUCUGAACCGCUAUCCGGACAGCAGGCUCGCCGAACUUGUGAAUUGCUCAACUCGGAGUUUUGAUGUCAUUUCAUCACUCUGCGAUGAUUAUGACCCUGGGAAACGAGAAUUUUACUUCGACAGAGACCCUGACUCGUUUAAAUGCAUCGUAGAAGUGUACUAUUUUGGGGAGAUCCAUAUGAAGCGCGGGAUCUGCCCUAUUUGUUUUAUUAAAGAGAUGGAGUUUUGGAAGAUUGACUUGAGCUACUUGGACGAAUGCUGCAAGAGUAACUUGACCGAGAAGGAGGAAGAGUUGGCGGAGAUUGCAGACAAGGUGAAACUGAUCCUGGAUGAUUUGUACCCUGACCCUGCCGUGAGCCGCAAUGAGAGGUGGCAAAAGUUCGUCUGGAAGCUCAUGGAGAAACCGGACUCCUCGCUUCCCGCGCGCGUGAUUGCCGUCGUGUCCUUUUUGUUCAUUCUAGUUUCAUCUGUGGUGAUGUGUCUGGGGACUAUACCGGACCUCCAGGUGGAGGAUUCCGAAGGGAACCGCGUUGAGCACCCGACCCUGGAUGCUAUCGAGACGGCAUGCAUCGGCUGGUUCACGGUAGAGUAUGUGCUGCGCCUUGCAUCGUCCCCUAACAAGCUGCGCUUCGCUCUCUCCUUCAUGAAUAUGAUAGACUUCCUGGCCAUUCUGCCCUUCUACGUUGUGCUGGUUCUCACGUACCUCGGCACGGCCAUGAUGGAACUGGCCAACGUGCAGCAGGCGGUCCAGGCUCUUCGCAUCAUGCGCAUUGCGCGGAUCUUUAAGCUGGCGCGCCAUUCCUCUGGCCUGCAGACGCUUACAUACGCGCUCAAACGGAGCUUCAAGGAGCUGGGUCUGCUCCUUAUGUAUAUGGGAGUUGGCAUCUUCGUGUUUUCCGCACUCGGGUACACCAUGGAGCAGAGCCACCCGGAGACGUUGUUCAGAAGCAUCCCGCAGUCCUUCUGGUGGGCCAUCAUUACCAUGACCACUGUCGGCUACGGGGACAUCUACCCAAAAACCACGCUGGGCCGGUGCAACGCGGCAAUCAGCUUUCUGUGCGGGGUGAUCGCCAUAGCUCUGCCCAUCCACCCCAUCAUCAAUAACUUCGUCAUCUAUUACAACAAGCAGAAGGUGCUCGAGACUGCCGCUAAGCACGAGCUGGAACUCAUGGAGCUGCGCGCGCUCGAGCUUACAGUCAAAAGCGCCUCGCGUAGGUCUGACGUGCCCGGGUGCGCGUGGGAAGGUGCCUUGCGCGCAUCGCGUAGCGAUACAUUUAUCCCGCUCCUUUAUGGAGCGCACAGAACUGAGAAGGAGCCCGUGAAGAAGAAAAGUCUGACUUAGGAUACAAGUGAAAAACUCGAUAGCACUUUAAGUUUUACGAGAGUUUGUGUUAUUAUGGUCAUUGUGCGCUAUAAACUGCUGUGCUGCUACGUGACCGUCAAGCUGCUUGUGUUGUUUUCACUGGACAUCAAAAUGAGUUCCUCUUCAAAGUGUUAUUUUGUCUUAUUUAAAUAAAGUGCAUGUCAAACUUGAUGCGUA